UCGUCGCGUCGGUUCUUCUACUGGUCUCAAGAGCCCAAAGAGGACAAAGACGACGAGUGGGUCACCAAAAUCAAUGACUACAUCAAUAACCCUCCGGCUCCGGGCUCUCGCGCGGGCACCGGUGGAUCGGGUUCGGGCGGUUUGUCUCCGGCCAGCGCUUUGGCCGACUUGUCGUCGCUGCCGGAGGCCGACCUCCAGGGCCUACUCAACAAUAUGUCUCCGCAACAGUUCAUGUCUGUGUUGGGCGGUGUGGGAGGCAUGGGUUCGGCCGCCAGUCUGGCCUCGUUGUUGGGCGCGGCCACUGGCGCUCGUAAUACUACUCCCAGCGCCGCCACGAGUCAAGUGUCGACUCCGGCGGCUCCGCAAACGCCAGCCACCACUCCUGCUGUGGUGAGCGCCGCCACCAUGGACCUGUCGUCGAGCCUAACGCUGGAUGCGUUGCAGCCGUUGCUCACUAACGAAGAGUUUAUGCGUCGCGUAAGGGAAGCGCUACCCGCGGGUCCGGACACCGCCGACCCGACCAACACAUCCGCUGUGUUCGCGUCGACCGUACAGUCGCCCCAAUUUCAACAGGCGUUGAGUACGUUCUCGAGCGCUCUCCAGAGCGGACAGUUGGGUCCACUCAUUAACCAGUUCUCGUUAGGCCAGGACUGUGUCGACGCCGCCAAUGCCGGAGAUAUGGAGAGUUUUGUGAAAGCGUUGCAAAAGCAUCAGUCAAAGGAGGGAUCGGCCGGCGGUGACAAAGCGGGCGCCGCUGACACCACCACUAAAGACGAUGAUAUGGCACUCGACUGA